AGAGAUAUGUAAUUAAUCUUGAAAUAAUAUAAUUUAUGCUCACUCGCACAAUCAUCUGUCCAAAGUCAAGAAAAGGGAAAAAAAAAAUAAAAAAAUUCAAUUUGUUCUUCAAAAUCUCCACAAUUAGGGGUUUCUUUCAAUUUCCGCUUCUGGGUAUUUCUCAAUUCUGGUAGAAUUAGGGUUUCCAAUACUGAUUGAUGAACUAGGGUUUUUUCUGUUCUGUACUUCCUUUUUUAUCUUCUCACUUCGAUUUUGAAUUUUAUUGGGUUGGUUGGUGGGUUAGGUAUUUGACGAAAGACUUGGGGUUUAGAGGGGUUUCGUGGUUUUCUUGGUAGGAUGUACGGACAACAAUAAUUUUUGCCUAUUUUGAAAGGUUAUUUUUGGGGGUUCUGAUUUGGUUUCUGUGUUUUCUUUUUGUUGCUGUUGUUUGCUGUCUGUGAAUUUGUAAAUUCUUUGUAACUGUAAGGAAUUGGAGUUGAUGAAGUGAACUGGUUAGAGAGGGGCUGGUGGUUUGUGAUUUAGGCGUUCCUGGGUACGGAAUAUUUUGGUUUUCUGAAGGGGUUAAAGGGGUCUUUUUCUUCUUCGGUUUUGUUCAAAGAGUGGAGAAUAAGGUGGUGAUGAUGUUGAUUAAUGGGUAGUAGAACAGUGAAGGUUGGUGCGGAAGAUGUUAGCAAAGUCACGCCCGGGAUGCCGAGCUUCAUUCCUCAGAUACCCAUAUCCAAUUCCAUUGGCACAGAGGGAAACAAUAUUCGCUCUCGAAUUUCAGAUUUUGGGGCGCUGGAGCAGUCCCUUGGAUUUCGUAUAGAGGAUGCUGUUGAUCUUAGUAGAAAUUCUGUAUUCAAUUCAGCAAAGCCGAGUAGCCAGGCACCAAGUACCGACCUCCAAUUUGGCGCUUUAAAUAAGACAUCAACAGUACAAAAAGAACCACAACAAAAUAUAGCUUCUGUUUCUGGUAGUCAUCGUGAGAACUGGGGAGAGUCCAAUAUGGCAGAUGCCAGUCCUAGGACUGAUACCUCAACAGAUGUGGACACGGAUGACAAGAAUCAAAGGUUUGAAAUGGGUCAAUCAGCUGCUCUUGUGGCCUCUGAUUCGAGUGACAGAUCAAAAGAAAAAGCCGGUGAUCAGAAGACAUUACGCCGGCUUGCUCAAAAUCGUGAAGCUGCCAGAAAAAGCCGAUUAAGGAAAAAGGCAUAUGUGCAACAGCUGGAGAAUAGUCGGAUGAAGCUGACCCAACUUGAACAAGAGCUCCAGCGAGCCCGCCAGCAGGGCAUAUUCAUUUCAAGCUCAGGAGACCAAUCCCAUUCAAUGAGUGGAAAUGGGGCCUUGGCAUUUGAUGUAGAAUAUGCUCGGUGGCUAGAAGAGCACAACAGGCAAAUAAAUGAACUGCGAUCGGCUGUCAAUUCACAUGCAAGUGACACUGAACUUCGCACAAUUGUGGACAAUGUUACAGCACAUUUUGACGACAUUUUCAGGUUGAAAGGCAUUGCAGCCAAGGCUGAUGUCUUCCACAUCCUGUCAGGAAUGUGGAAGACACCUGCAGAACGGUGUUUUAUGUGGAUUGGUGGUUUCCGUUCAUCUGAAGUCCUCAAGCUUCUUGUAAACCAAUUGGAGCCUCUAACGGAGCAACAGUUGAUGAGCAUCUACAACUUGCAGCAGUCAUCCCAACAGGCGGAGGAUGCUCUCUCCCAAGGGAUGGAGGCCUUGCAACAAUCUCUGGCUGAGACGUUAACCAGUGGCUCACCUGGCCCAUCUGGAUCAUCAGGGAAUGUGGCAAACUAUAUGGGCCAGAUGGCCAUGGCAAUGGGUAAGCUAGGGACUCUUGAGGGAUUUCUUCGUCAGGCUGAUAAUCUGCGCCAGCAGACGCUACAGCAGAUGCACCGUAUAUUGACAACCCGGCAGUCUGCACGUGCUCUUCUUGCAAUAAAUGACUACUUCUCCCGACUUCGAGCCCUCAGCUCUCUGUGGCUUGCACGGCCACGGGAGUGAUGUUGUAUGAGUAUCAGGAUCGUUUUUAGAAAUAUGGCCUCCUGCUAGGGAAUCAAAAGGCUCACUUCCAACUUCGGAGUCCUUUUGGGACCUAUACAUGGUGCAGGGAGGCUUUAGUGGUGGUUUCAGCUCCAUCUACACAUGUAACAUGAGAUAUGUUCACUGGGUAGUUGUAUGCUUGUUUCAUAUGUUCAGUUAGGUGUUGUAUUUUUAUUUCUUAUGUCUCAGACAACAGUGCCAAUAAUGUGAUCAUGUUUAAUCUUUAUUAAAACUAAAAAGGAAAAAUUGUAGCAGAAGUUGGGUUGAUAAUUUAGAUUGCAGUUAUUGAUUUGUA